ACAACUUAUAUGAAAAGUCAGAGAAAAGUAUAAACAAACUAGAGGAAUUUUCCCAAAAUUCGUACAACCCACCUCAGUUAAGUGAAGAAUGUUACGUCGUCCUUCAGAACUUUAAAGGGGAAGAUAUGAAUGAAAUAAUCAAAUCGGUCAAUGAUAAUUUAUUUAGGAAGAUGAUGCUUGACAGAUGGAUAAAACUGCACGAAAAUGCCAAAAAACCUGUGCACACUUUGAAGGACCAUUUAUCCUAUUAUUUGGGAAAAUUAAAAAGUCCGUAUAGCGUGGAUGGAAACACUGAGAGGGAACAAGUGCGGAACAGCAAUCAUAGUAUUAACACAACCAUGAGGAUCAUGGGGGAGUAUCACAAUAGACACUUUUUCCACUACAUCGUAAGGGAUAAUUUUCCCGAGUCCAAUCAUGACUGUUUUAUAAAUGUGGUUAGAAAGGCCUUUAUCUUAUCUGUAAAUGAGCUAGUUACUAUGGAGGAGCCUCAGUUAAAUAAAUGUGUACUCGAGUCAGGGAUACUCAUGGUGAGAGCACAAAGAUAA